CCCGCCAUAGCAAUUCAUUUAUUGACCGGUUCCAAGCAGCAAUAAAGUUUACGGCCGACUCGAAUUAAUUUUAUAUUUUGGUUCUAUAUUUACUUUGUACAAAAUACAAAGCUAAUACAUCAAUUGGGGUCUUUUCUUCUUCUUUUUUACAACAAGAAAAAAAAAACCCAAUAUGGCUCCUACGGUCUUACAUUUACGCUCCGAGGAUAAGCCUCUCGAGCACCGCUCUGCGCUCACCCCCACCACAACCAAGGCAUUGAUCGAUGCUGGUUACGUCGUCAAUGUCGAGAAGAGUCCCGUUCGCAUCUUUGACGACGAGGAGUUCAGCGCGGUGGGAGCUACAUUAGUUCCUACAGGCAGCUGGCGAGAAGCACCUGAAGAUCACAUUAUUGUUGGUCUUAAGGAGCUCCCCGAAGAGACUUUCCCCCUCAAGCACGUAUUCGUUCACUUUGCACACUGCUAUAAGCAACAACGGGGAUGGGAAACAGUUCUUGCCCGAUUCCCUCGCGGUGGCGGCACCCUUCUCGACCUCGAGUUUCUCCAGGACCCCGAGACGGGGCGUCGCGUAGCCGCCUUCGGAUACCAGGCUGGCUUCAGCGGCAGCGCCCUAGCUAUCAAGAACUGGGCCUGGCAACUAACGCACCCGGGCGGCGAGCCCUUACCCGGUGUUGAGAGCUACCCUAAUGAAGAUGCGCUGGUCGCCGACAUUAAGAAGGACUUGGCCGCGGGACAGGCCAAGGCAGGCAAACUCCCCAGAGUCAUCGUUAUUGGUGCAUUGGGUCGAUGCGGCCGAGGCGCGGUUGAUUUGUGUCUUAAGGUCGGCAUUCCCACGGAGCAGAUCCUCAAGUGGGAUAUGGCCGAGACGGCUAAGGGUGGUCCGUUCGAGGAGAUUGCCGAGAGCGACAUCUUCGUAAACUGCAUUUACCUCUCUUCCCCGAUUCCCCACUUCGUCAACAUCGACUCCCUGAAGGCUCCUGGCCGUCAAUUGAGUGUCGUGUGCGAUGUCUCCGCUGACACCACCAACCCUCACAACCCUGUUCCCAUCUACACCGUUGCCACAACAUUCGACAACCCUACCGUACCCGUCGAAGGACUAGAGAACCCUCCCUUGAGCGUCAUCAGCAUCGACCACCUACCCAGCUUGCUGCCUCGGGAAUCUUCCGAGUCCUUUAGCAACGAUCUACUGCCGUACCUGCUCAAGCUGAACGAAUGGAAGAACAACCCGGUGUGGGCCGGCGCUUACAAGCUGUUCCAGGAGAAGGUCGCGACGCUACCUAAGGAGGCCCUAGAAAACUAGAUGGGAUGUCGACGGAGAUAUACCUAGGUUGUGGCGAUGAUAUUUCCGCUAUAAAAAAAAGAAAAGAAAAGGUGGCUUGGCGUUAUGGGACAUCAUGUAGGCAGAGAAGAAAAAAAAAUCGAAAACUUCGCAAGUGCAGUUGCAGUUAAACCACAAUAAAUCAAAAUGACAUGGACGCAAUAGGUGCAGUAGAUCCACCCACCCAUAAAGUCAAGCUUGGUAUAGGAGAGUUUUCGUUAUAAUUCGUAAGCUUUGCUACGCUUUACCACUCACUGUUUUGGUACCUAGUUAUGUGAUAGUAAUUCAUUUUCGACGAUGUAUUUUCUAUUACCUCGCUCGCGCCUCUCUCUCUCUCUUUCUCUCUGCCCCUCCCCUCUUCCCCCCUUCCCCCCUUUCCCCCUUUUCACGAGGUACAUAGAAUCGUCGUAGAACGGCGCUUCUCGGAACUAAGCCGCACCCCAAAACUCA